AUGCCUUUUCUGAUCGACCGAGCCGACUCAUUGCUGGAUCCCGGGCAGGCAAAUGCACUGGGCCUGGCCACGGCCGCUUCUGUGAACUUCAUGCUGCAACGGCAGUCCUUCGCCCCGGGUGCCGGCUUCACUGGGAGCCUUUUGAAACGUUACCUCGUGGCGGAGGCCAUCAUUGUCAGCGUGCAACAGGGCUUCUUCAUGUGCCUGCUGCCCGCCCGGUUGUAUCUGGCCUCCUUAGCAGAUGUGUCGCCGGAGGACCCACGUAUGAUGGCAGCACUGCGGGCAGCCAGCCAGGCCACGAUUUUCCUCGCAGUGUCGUUCCCGCUUCGGAAGCACUGGGUCUUCACAGCAUCCCAGCUACCACUUCCGGCCGGGACGAGGCCAUCUCUCAACCAAUGGAAGCCGGCGGUGUCCAAGACCCGCGGUUCGACCAAGACCAUCAUCCCGAACUCCCAGGCUGUUCAGAGGAUGCUGUUUGUCGGCAACUCCCACACGUACCAGCCAAAGGAGUCCACUGACAGCGUCACACAGGGUGGAGCAGACCUGCUGGACUUGUGGGAGGACGAGCCAACGAGCAAAGACGGUGCUGCAAGCUGGGAUGUCGUGGUUCUGCAGGAGGUGCUUCGCCACAAUUACGCGGCCCUGCUGAAGGAAAUCUCGGUGUCGAAGGUGAUUCUCUACCAGACCUGGUCCGGCCCCUGGCCAGAGGAAAACGAGGUGGAGCAGCUCAACAAGAGCCUGGAGGAGUACGCUGCAGCACUCCUGUCUGCAGGGCUGGCAGCGGUGACGCCCGCCAGAGUGGGUCACGCAUUUCUCCAUGUCCGUGCUGCGCGGGCAGAGAACGACCGGAUUUAUCCGGCCUUGUGGAAGGAUGACAUGGGCCACGGCUCUGCGCUGGCAGGCGCCCUUGCCGCAGCGGUGCUGGUGAGGGCCCUCGGUUUGGAUGACGGCCGCCCUUUGGGAAGGAUUCUUGAGGCGAUGCUUCCAUCUGCCUGGCGUACGGCCAGCCCCGGCUUCGCAGGACAGGCGGAGUUUGGCCAGAAGGGUUGGCGGGAUGAAGGAAAGAGUACCACAGGGGAAGUGAUGCAGUUGCUGGGAAACACGGAGGAGGACCUGCCCCUGAGCAAGUAUCCGCCCGGCAUGCGCACGGAGAAGAGAGACCUGGGUUUUGCCUUUGGUGACAUCCUGGCAUCAGCUGCCUCCAAGGCCGUCGAUGCAUGCACCGUGGAUGCCUCCGCCGCACGGACAGCCGCAGGUUCGGCUCGGGCCAGGGUCCAAACAGUGUUUUAUCGAACCGACCUCAGCCCGGAGACGGGCUGGCCUUUCCACAAGCCCAGUAGCCUAAUACAGAGAGCAGCGACAGCCCUGCUGGGUGCUGGCAGGCUAUGCAUCGCAGCCGCCAGCUGCCGCUGA